CUUACUUCCUCUUCCUCUUCGGCGCCACUCUCCCAGCUUCCGUCAGUUUCCAAGAACACGCCUUUUCCUCUCCUCUCCGUUUUUGACCAUGGCCACGCUGCUCAGAAAGGUCUGGGAAUCGGUUUCCACCCGCAAGAAUUCCACCUCGUCUUCUUCGGCGACGGCGCCGUUUCUAGGGGCGUUCGAUCCUAUUCCGACGGAGCUGCUGAUGCAAAUUGUGAGGCUGGUGGGGCCCAAGGGAGCGGCGAGGCUUCGCGUGGUGUGCAAGGCGUGGCGGUCGCUGGUGGCCGACAAUGAGCUCUGGAUUUUCUUCUGGCAGACUCAGGAGCUGCAUUGGGAGAGCAUCUUGUUCUCCGAUACGCAUUUGCGAUCCGGUUACCAUAUUCAACCAUUAAUGUCUAGUUAUGGUCAGAGAGCGCAACCUCCCGGUGCUAUUAUCAUCGAUGGUGGCUCUGGCUACUGCAAGUUUGGUUGGAGUAAAGAUGAUUAUCCAGCUGGGCGGUCAGCAACCUUUUUGGAAUUCGGUAACGUUGAGUCUCCUAUGUACUCCAGACUACACCACUUUUUUGCUACUAUUUAUAGCAGGAUGCAGGUGAAACCAUAUUUGCAGCCUGUGGUUGUUUCUAUUCCAAUCUGUCAUUAUGAUGAUACUGAAUCUGCCAAAGCAUCGAGACAACAGCUCAAAGAUGCCAUAUACAGAGUGCUGUUUGACAUGAAUGUCCCAGCUGUUUGUGCAAUUAAUCAGGCAAGUUUAGCUUUAUAUGCAGCAGGAAGAACUUCUGGGAUUGUUGUAAAUAUUGGCUUCCAGGUCACUUCUGUUGUUCCAAUUCUAAAUGGUCAAGUUAUGCGGAAGGUGGGUGUAGAAGUUAUGGGGUUGGGAGCAUUAAAGCUUACAGGGUUCCUCAGGGAGCUGAUGCAGCAGAAAAAUAUCAAUUUUGAAUCACUGUACACCAUCCGGACUAUAAAAGAGCAACUAUGUUAUGUAGCUGCUGAUUAUGAAGCUGAACUUUCUAAAUACACACAAGCCUCAUCUGGAGAACGUCUUUCAAAAGAGCGAUUUCAAACAGGAGAGAUCUUAUUCCAGCCACGACUUGCAGGAGUGCGUACCAUGGGUUUGCACCAGGCUGUUGCUCUUUGUAUGGACCAUUGCCAUUCGGCAGAACUAACAGGCGAUGAUUCUUGGUUCAAGACUGUAGUCUUGGCAGGAGGCAGUGCAUGUUUACCAGGACUUGCAGGAAGAUUAGAGAAGGAAUUACAUGGACUUCUCCCUCCAUCUGUGUCCAAUGGAAUCACUGUCAUUCCCCCUCCAUUUGGUGCAGAUACUGCAUGGUUUGGGGCUAAAAUAAUCAGCAAUUUGAGCACCUUCCCUGGUCCUUGGUGCGUGACAAAGAAGCAGUUCCGGGAGAAGUCAAAAGUCAAACUAUGGUGAAUAGUUGAGCUGGUUUAUCUAUCUAGGCGCUUCCGUGGCUUGUAAGUGAUGUGGAGUCCAGGUUCGUAUUCUUAUAACUGCCAACCGAGCAGAAAGGGGUUUUAUAGAGAAGAACAGGGUGACAUUUAAGAGUUUUCCAUAUUGUAUCUUUUAUUUUUGAACUGAUCGUCCUAGAAUAAGCAAUCUAUGAUGUAACUAAUAUUUCCAAUAAAUUGCAAAUACCGCAAGCCUCUAUGUAAUGCUGAACGAUAAAGCGUACGAUGAGGCUUUGCCCAAGUAUAGUAUUGUAUCAAGAUAUUUGUAGGUUCAAAUGUCGAUUUGCUAUUUUCCUCA